AUGCAGAUCUCAGCUCUGCUCCUACUCGGCAGCCUGUCGUUCCUGGCCGAGGCAAGCAACCAUUUCGCACCGGCAAAGACACAGAGAGACACGGCAUUUGUGCACCCUGGAGCCUUGCAUACUGCCGAGGAUAUAGCACGCAUCAAGAACCAUGUCAAGAAUAAGGAACAGCCAUGGCUCAAAGCCUUCCAACACCUUGAGACCUUGCCGUUCGCUCAGCCAACUCGUCCUCCCAUUGCAGUUGCCACUCUCACACGCGGCAUCGACCCCGUCGACCGUGGUCUCCCGCAAAACUACCCGAAUGCCUACCGCAAUGCGCAUGGGGCGUACAUGUUGGCCAUACGAUGGCUCGUUACCGACGACGUCAAGUUUGCAGAUGCGGCAGUCAAGAUCCUGAAUGCGUGGUCUGCGACUCUCACGACAAUCAGGGGCAACUCGGAUCGCUUCCUAGCCGUAGGCCUAUAUGGCUACCAAUUCGCCAACGCCGCAGAGCUCCUUCGUACCUAUUCCGGCUGGGCUCGGUCAGAUCAGCUAAAGUUUGGUGCGAUGCUCAACGACAUCUUCGCGGCUCACAAUCGGGAUUUUCUGGACAAUCACAAUGGCAUUCCGGCCCAUUACUACGCCAAUUGGUAUCAGUGCAAUAUUGCGUCGCUCAUGGCCAUUGGCAUCUUCAACGACAAUAGAACCAUGUUCGAUUUUGCGGUAAAUUACUUCCGGGAUGGGCCGGUGGACGGCAAAGUCGCAUAUGGCGCACUGCCAUUCUUCUCCAUUGCAAACUUCACCGAGGAAGGGUCGGGGAAGAUAUUGAUGCAGGGACAAGAAGCCGGAAGAGACCAAGGUCACGCAACUCUCAACUUCGCACUCCUUGGCGUAAUCGGCCAGCAAGGCCGGAGCCAGGGCGUGGAUACGUAUGGGUUCUACGGUAGUCAGAUUCUGAAUGGUGCCGAGUACGCAGCAAAAUACAACACCAAUCACACAGUGCCCUACCAGCUAUUCCAGAGCUACCAGGGCCCCCAGCCCGUCGUCUCGGACAAACAGCGCUUCGUCCGUCGUCCCGGCUUCGAAGCCAUUUACUCCCACUACGAGGAGCUUCGGGGCCAGAAUGCAUCCUGGACCAAGGCUUACCGCGACUAUGUGAAUGAGGAGAAGGGAUUGGAAGGCGGCGGAGGUGACUUUGGCCCGAAUUCGGGCGGGUUCGAUGUUUUUGGACAUGGGACGCUGAUGUAUCGUCUCACCCCGGAUCCGAAGUAA